AUGGCCCGCCGUGCUCCACCGACCCCACAAGAAAUUGCUGCCAGAAUUGCAGAAGUAAGGAUGAGAGGGACUGAUUCUGGAGGAAGCCCACCAAGGAGAGAAGAAUCAGAAGAUUUUGGGAAAAUGAUUGUCCCUUAUGUUUCUUCUCAGGAUAUUGAAGUAAAAGAAGCGGGAACAUCGUCUCAAGAUUUGCCUUCAGGUGUCAAAGACAGAGAUGAUCUCUUGAGAUGGGUUCGUGAGUCUUUUCCAGGUGCUUAUGUUCAGAGAGCAGAGGAAGAUGAACAGGAGGACUCCGCUACAGUUGCAGAAGGAGAAGAUACUGACCAUAUCACUGCACAAGUUACAAUAACUCCUGCAACAUCCGACAGUUCACAUAGUUCUGAUGAGAUCCCACUCAAAGAUCGUGUUGCCCAGAUUGCUAAAGGGAAUAAAGUAGCGUCUGAAAAGAAGGCCCAGUUAAGGAAGAAAACCCAGAAGAAGGAGAAGGUUAGCAAGUCCAAAAAAAAGUCUUUCUCAGAUCCCGAAGAAGAAGCUUCCCCUAGGCACAAGAGAAGGUGUACUGAAGCUACAAAACAGGGGGAGAAACCAUCAUCAAGUUCUAAGAAAGAAAAGAAGAAGAAAGCAACCCGACAAGCUAAAUACAGUGAUGAAGACAGAUUUUGUGACAAAGUAUCCGAGAAGAAGUUUGAAUCUGUUGAAGGGAGAGGAGUUGUAGUUGAAAGGAUGAUUGAUGAAGGAGCUUUUGAGAAGUAUGGGUUAACUGAGCUGCUGCAACAAAGAAGUUUAUACAAGUCUGCAACAUUUCCAGAAAGCUACAGUUUGUCAUUGGUCCAAGAGUUUUACAGUAAUUUGCUACCAUCUGACAAAGACAUUACUAGAGUUUAUGUUCGAGGUAAGUGGAUUCCAUUUACUCCCGCUUGUCUGAACAGAUUCUUGGAGUUUAAACCAGAGGUGAAAGGAAACUUUGAAGAAGGGCUUGAGUUGAAUGAAGAAGUUCUGAAAGAGAUCACUGGAGGAAGAACGGAGUCAUGGGGAGUAGACUCCCAGCAUCCACCCUUACGGCCAACCCCGCACAAUUCCAGCAUAGUGAAGGAGCUUGCUCUAUUAUUGUUUGCUAUUGGAACUGGGAAGAAGUUCAAUCUGGGAAGGCUAAUCUUCCAGAAUAUUGUUAAAGAAGCUGACGGUUCUAACUCUUCAACAUCACUUGGAUAUUCUGCACUGCUGUCACAGUAUUUGUUACAACAUGGAGUACAACUCAGGAAGGGAGAAGCGAUCACGCAGUGA